CGCAACUAUUUUUACAAGGAAAAUGCGCAGUUCUUUAUUUAUUAACAGUAUUUUUGGCAGAGAUAAGAUGAUAAAAUGAACGGGGAAGACAACGACGCUGCCGAGGGCAUCAAAGAAAGGGAUGAGGAUGAUGAUGACGUAAGCAGCGAUGAUUGGAGUGGGAGCGGGAUCUGGGAGAAAACGGAGAACCGUCGUUGGAUAGUUGUAGAUGAUCAUAUCAUCCCUAGGAUUGAUAGAUCAGUUCCAGACUCCAGUCUAGUUCCAGGACUGGGGAUCGGACAGUAUAUCGAGAACUUUGAGAUCGAGACGGAGAUGGUUUUAAACAGUUCCAAGCUAGUGACCCGCGGGAGUAUGGUUGUAAGGAUAUCAGUUGAACUUGAACCUGAGCAACCUAACCUUCCCUCCACAUCUAUAGACGAAGAACCCGUUCCCGGCCCCAGUGGAUGCUCUCAUAGAGGAGAACAAACCAUUGAUGCAUCCAGAACUCUGAAUUCAAGUUCUGAUCAAACAUUAUCUCCAGAACGAAGAUCAAAUCACAGACAUAGAAGCACUUUCAUCAAGAAUAAACGGAAACAGAGAAAGAAGAAGAAAAGUAAACUGAUAAAAUCAUUUUCAAGUUUUCCUAGGACCGGCCGACUGAAAAUCCCGAGCGCAGCAAGUAGUCCGGGCCGAGCUACUCCUAGUCCAGAUUCGUUAGUUAGGAUUUGUACGUACUGGGAGAACAGGUUGAACUCCCCUGAAUAUAUUAUUCAUUCUGAUUCCGAAUAGAAAUCAAAUACGUGUGCAGUGUGCAGUAUUUUAUUCCACCUUUAAAGUAUUUUCAAUUUGUUCUUCAAAAUAGAAAAUCUGACCAGAACUAAACCUAUUAAAUACCUAUGUAUAUAGCUGGUGAUGUGUUCAAUAUGCAAGAAAAUUAUAUUUAACUUUGUUACUUGUUUAGCUUAAAAAGCCAAUGAAAAUUUAAAUUUUUAAAUAUUGUAAGUUUAUUCUUCAGAAAAAAUGGCGGGCGGGAUGGAGGCCUUUCCACCCUUAGAGAUUAACCAAGAGAACAAAGUACUGACAAUGCUCAAGGAAAUAUUUCCAUCUGUAGAGGAGAAAGUUGUUGAAAUGAUUUUAGAGGAAGCACACGGAGACUUCAAUAACGCUGCAGAUAUACUGAUCAGCAUGUGCCCGCCCUUGUCUACGCAAAAAGUUUCCACUCCUCAAGAAGAUACAAAAUCCCGGGAUGCAAACCCGUUCCGUCAGGCAUCCUCUCUUCUAUAUCCAGAGAGAAAUGAUUCUGAACCGAACCUUGUCCAAGCUCCCAGCCAAUCAACAGAUGAGGAGAAAGCCAACCUGGACUUUGAAGAACCUGAGGUUAGUGAGAAUUCCUUGAACCUGAACCUUGAGAGCAGGAUGAAUAAACUUAGUUUAUCUCGAUCCUCCUCCUCCUCCUUCCAGUCUGCCUCAUCAUACAAUACAUCAUCUUUUCAUUCGACCUCCUCCCGUCCACCUUCAACCUCUAAACAUACCCCAGCCUCGGAGCAGUCAGCCUCCACAAAUACACAACCGCAGUCUAAACAAUCAUCCUUGCAUACUCCGUCCUCAUCCCUGUCCCAAUCCGAUCAUGAACCAUUCUCCACCUCAUACAAUUCAUCCUCGACCAAGCCAGCCUCCUCUUAUAAUCCUUCGUCCAACUCAAAUCAGAAUAUAUCUUCUAGUUCAAGAUUAAAACCAGCCUCUGCAUCCGCCUUCUCCUUGAAAAGUCUAAAUGUUCCACGUUUAACCUCUUCAGCUCCAAACACAAUGGAAGAAGGGUUACCUGAGCUUCUACGAGUAUUCAAUCAGGGUCGGAACAUCAUGUUGUUGUUGCGUGGUCCUCCUGGUUCAGGGAAAACUACGCUAGCAAAAAAGUAUUUGGAACAAUUAAAAACUGGUCAGAUUUUCAGCACCGAUCAAUAUUUCAUGGUUAAUGACAGGUAUGUUUUUAAACCGCAUCUUCUUUCCGAGGCACAUCAGUUCAAUCAGAAACAGGUUCGGGACGCAUUGCUCCGGGGGGAACGAUUAAUUAUCGUUGAUAAUACUAAUACAAUGAGUUGGGAGAUGAAACCCUACCUUGCCCUCGCAUCAGAGCAUGGAUACCUUGCUUUUCUCCAGGAGCCUAACACACCGUGGCUUUUCAAUUCUAAGGAAUUAGCAAGGAGAAAUACACAUAACGUACCUAAGGAUAAGAUAGAAAUAAUGAUUGGUCGGUAUGAGAAGAAUAUUACAGCUCAGGAUCUAAUGAAGAGCUGGAACAUGAAACAAGUGUCUUCUCAAGUAAAAGAGGAAGUGGAAGAAGAAAAAGAUGAUGACGAAGAUUCGGAUUAUAUUUUUAACUCUUCUGAUGAGGAUCUAACUGAUAAUGAGGAAACUGAUGAUAAAAACAAUGAGAAUUAUACACCCGAUUAUGCAACAUUUAUCGAUAAUAUUAAUCCCAGUCCAGAUACAACCUCACACCAUGCUCCGUUAAAUAAUCCUGCCGAUAUUAUUCUAUCAGAAGAACCACAUAAAACCCCUCGGGACAACGCACUCAAGACAGAUAUUGCAUUUGUACCUGAAACUUGCAGUUUAAAUAAUGAUGCCUCUCUUGUUUCUCCUAGUACAGGUCAACCAAGAGAAGUGAAGAGAAAAGAGAGUGUUCUGGAACGUUUCUGGGCAGCAACUGUUAGAGAACAGGAUAGCUGGGAUACUGAUACUAUAUCUAGCACAGAGGAACCCAAACCUUCGAGGAGUUCCAGGAGUAGACAGAAGAAGGCCAGGAAGGAAGAGAUUGAUAUUACUAGUUCAGUUUAUGAGAAUGUAAAACCUCUCUACCAACCUUUUCAAUCAGAGUUAUCAAUGUCAUACAUGGAUGGACAGCGAGGAGCAAGCAUAUCUUCAGAGUUUUCCGGGUCUGAAACCUGUUCCGAGGGAGAGACAACCCUGAGCCUUUCCAUGGAACCUCUAUUCGCUGUUCAACUUCAAGAAGCGUUUGGACCUCCGCUGGACGAUUCUUUACUUCAGUUCCUAAAUACCGAGGAAAUUCUUUCGGCAAAGAUUCCUUUAUCCUUGGCUUAUCAGUUCUUUCUUGCCUGGCAGGCUUCAUUAAAGGAAUAUUUAGUUUCUAAACCGGAUAAAGUUGAACCUGAACCCAGUCUUGAUAUUCACAGUGAGAAACAUUUUCCUAAGAACGUCCUUGCUCCGAAUGCCGUAGAAUACUACGAGAAUAAAAUGCUGGAUACAGUUUUGCUGGAGAGUGCAAACCUUGCUCAAUCAUUGAAGAAGAAACCACAAUUUGUGUUGAAAUCUCGCAGUGCUGAUAGGAUAGAUCGAAGAGUUGAAGAGGAGGAGGAGGAGAGUGAUUUGGAGGUAUACCGGAGUAAAAGAAAUCUACUUUACAAGAAAGCAAUGGACGCGAGAUCGAGCAAGAUCAUGGGCGCAUCUGCUUUCUAUUCAGCUGAGGCUAGAGAGGCAAACAGAACUCUCAAGGCCCGACAAAGAGAAGUGCAGAUGGAAAUGUUUCAAUCUGCAAACGAGAAAAAUCCUCGAAAUAAGUUGGAUCUACAUUUUCUAACCACAGCAGAUGCAAUUCAACAAUUACAAGAGUUCAUUGCUGCAAGAGAAGGAUUGACCAGGCGGGAGGGGGGAGGAGAAGACGGAUCUAUUGAGAUUGUGACAGGGAAAGGAAACCGGAGUGAGAACGGUAAAUCCCGUCUCCGUCCUGCUGUUAUCAACUGGUUGGAUCAGAAAAAGUAUCGCUAUACAGAGAUUAAUUCAGGGGCCUUCAAGGUUUAUUUCAAGAAAGGAUAAAUUUUUUUUUCUGUACAAUCUUACAAGUCAACUUUUAAUUUAUUUUGUUGUGUAAACUGACUGACGUCACUUAGGUUUAACUUUUUCCUGAUAUAUUUCAAAUUUAACUCCUCCCCCUCCUCCCUUUUGGUGGCUGCUGAUGGAUGGCAUCAGGACCACUUUGUGUGGUUCUGCUGGUAGCAUCCAUAGGAUUAUAGUAGAUGCAGGGGAUGCCGGAGCUCAGUGGUUUAGCCCCGAUGGGGGUAUGGGCUCUCCAAGAUGGGAGGGUUUUCAGAUCCUUCCCGUAUCUUAACUUAUCUUAUAUAUUUUAUUAUAUAAAGUAUAUUUUAUACACUUGAUAUUUGCUCACUUAUAGUCCUUUAUAAUAUAAAUUUGUAAUUUAAACUUAAAUUAAAAUGUGUUCUGCAGUUGUCCAAUUGUUGAUCAGGAUCCUGAUAUCACAGCUAGAUAUUAAUGAUAAUCAUUUAUCCAUCUGUAUAAUAUUUAUCGGAAUUUUUGUAACCAGAGUCAUGACCCGGUAGAAAAUUAUAAUUUCUUUACAAGUGUAUCUGACGCAGAGAGCGCUCCUAUUGUGAUAUCUUGAAAUAUAUCAUUGUUUUGA